UCGUACUCUCUGUUACAGCAGCUACAUUGGGAUUUAGCGCCAAACACGGCAUGGAUAUAUCCAUCUUCUGCUUAUUGACUAUAGGAGAUGGGGUGCUUCACCCUGCAGCGCACACAGUUUAGUGCACACAAUUCCGCAGUGAGAAACAAUGUAAAAGAAAAAAAAAGAUGUAGCCUAGUCGAUAAAUCUAUAAUUCUAAAUGGGCCUCAUCGCUGGUGCUUCUGUUGAGAUAUAAUAAUAAAACAUCGGGUUCUCAUCUCACUGCACGGGCACCAGAACAGCCUAUUUUAAAGAGAUUUCUUAACUGCAAAAUUGGCCCAGACAAUACACGACAAUACACACGUGCAAUUCCAGGCAAUCGUGAGGAUCAUGAUGGGGCGCAUGACACAUACCGGAGAGACGCGCUAUAUUUACAGCAGAGCUGCUUGUCCUCAUGUUAUCACGGGAAACUUCGGAGACAACAUGUUGAAGUUUUCAGUUUUGGUUGGAAUUUUGCUGCUGGUUCCGGGCGCGGCGUCAAAGCCACGCACUGCAUGGGGUAAAUUGGCUGAUGCUGUAGUCCAGGAGACUAUAAUGUCCAUGGACGAUGAGAAGCUGGCUCUGGGGCUGAAGGAGGUGGAGCCUCCUGAGGGGCUGGACGUGACGGACUUGGACAUCGACGCGUCAUCCCUCCUCUGGAAGGCCGUCAUGGAGAGCCGCCGCCGUCACCACGCCAACGCGCCUGGCAACCAGCGGCAAGACGACAAGGCGGCAGCACCCGCCGCCGCCGCCGUGCCAGCACAGCCAGAGCCACAGCAGCCUGAGCAGCCCCGCUACCAGCAGGCCGAAGAGGACGAGGAUGAGAUGUACCACCGCUUCCCCGACCCCCAGCAGGCACAGCAACAGGAAGAGGACAGUGGCCCUGUGGAGGAACAGCAAGAGCAGGGCACCUGGGCACGCAUCUACGACCAGGCAGAGGUGGACAUGGAUGACCUGUACCACGCAGACAUGGGGCAGCCUGCGGCACAAGGGCAGGGGGAGGAAGAGGCUGGGCAGGGGGAGCAGCAGCAGCAGCAGGAGCAGGAGGGUGCCUGGGCACGCGUGCACAAGCUAGAAGAGGAUGAGGAUGCCCUGUACCAUGCAGAUAGGGGACAGUCGGCGGCACAAGGGCAGGGGGAGGAAGAUGCUGGGCAGGGGCAGGAGCAGGAGGAGGAGGUUACCUGGGCACGCGUGUACGAGGACGAGGACGAGGAUGACCUAUACCAUGCAGACAGAGGAGAGGUGGAGGUGCAGACUGGAGUGCAGCUGGAGAUGGAGGACGUGAGGGAGUCUGGACAGAGGAGCCGCUCUGAACCCCCAGAGGACGAAGACGCCCUCUACCACAGAUGAAGACGCCCUCUACCACAGAUGAAGACGCCCUCUACCACAGAUGAAGACGCCCUCUACCACAGAUGAAGACGCCCUCUACCGUAGAUAGGGCUACUGAUCACCAGGGUUGCCAGAUGUGUCUGAUCAUUUCCGCCGUAAAAAAUGCUCAAAAACAGCUUGGAGGCACUAAAUCCCACCUAAUUUGAAGCAAAUCGUAAUGAUUUCUAUGGCCUACAGAAAAACCCAUCCAAUGCCCAUUUUUGACCUUUUUUUUUUUUUUUGCUGCAGACGGCCAUCCCAAGCAGCCCAAUUGUGUGGUUAUCAGCCCAAUUUGGCAACAAUGCUGAUCACCUCUAAAUGACCUCUGAACUAAUAAACCUCUACAUAGUGAUGACCUCGAAACGACCUCUAUAGAUGUGAAUUACCUCUAAAUGACCUCUACAUAGAUGCUAACCACUUCUAUACACAAAGUAAUGACCUUUGUGAAGCUGUGACAACUGUUUACUACUUACGUGCUUCUGUGCCUUAAUUCACCUCACCUAUGGGCCCAAAAUUAACUUUUUCCCCAAUCACCAGCCAAACUGGCUAGAUGGUGUUAAUCUUACCAGCCAAAGACACACUCACCAAGGCAAAGCCAUAUAAAGUAGAAUUAGAACUACUGUUACGAAUGUAAUUACAACAGUGGUAAGAUGCUACUAAGUUGAAGCUAUGUAGUACAAUACUAAUACUACAAGUGUAAUAACAUUUACAACAGUAGUUCUACUUUGUACAACUACUACACUAAAUGGGUCAAACUGGCCAACUUUUUUUUUCCACCACCAUUUGGCCAGUUGACGGGUUUUCAUUUACAGACCUGCCUGUGAGUGUAUCUGUGAUUUGAUGUCACCUGCAUCCCAUCUCUCAGGCUU